AUCCACGAUAACUGGCAACAUUACUUUCAAAAGUGUCGUGUGGUAAUAAUAAUAGUAGCAAACUUGGCAAGCAAGCUCGUAAGUCGUAACGAAGUUAAACGAAGUCGUAAACCCCAGACAGCUAUUAUGAAAAUAUGAACACAACAACAACCUUCUCUUCAGAUCAUUCAUGGAGCAGACGUUGUUCUACAGAAACGGUAUUCAGCAUUCAAGGGAAGGAAACUGAUAUUGCGCGCGACACGAGCGACACGGAGGCGGCGACGGAUGCGACAGACGCGAGCGACGUGGAGUACGAGCCGGUUACAGAGCCCGAAGACGACGGCCCGUUAGCAGACGACGAUACUUCCGCGAAUAGCGACAACGACAUAAUAGCGACGAAGGUAAUAGAGGUGUCGGUGGGCGACGAUGGCGAGCUUCAGUUCGCGGACUCGGAGCGCACGGACUCGCACGACAGCGACAGCGAGAUGGAUCUGUACGACUACUGGCAUUGUGCGCAGUGUCGGGCGGAGAACAACAACCCUCUGUACAGAUACUGUCAUAAGUGUUUCCAGGUACGAAAAAACUUCUUCCCGCCGCGACCGCGCCGCAAGCGUCGAGCGAGCCCGAAGGACGACAUCCCGCGCACUCUGUCGCAGGACUCCGGUGUGGACUCGCCCAUGAGCCAGGACGUGCUCACCAGCCAGGAGGUGGACGUGCCCGCCAGCCAGGACUUGCUCGCCAGCCAGGACUUGCUCGCUAGCCAGGACCUGCUCGCCAGCCAGGACCUGCCCGCCAGCCAAGACCUGCUCGCCAGCCAGGACUUGCUGACCAGCCAGGACGUGGAUGUCCCCGCCAGCCAGGAUGCAGUCCAGUGCGGUGAGGGCACGUCCUCUACUCUCCCCUCCUCCACGCUCAGUAGGUUCCGCAAGCGCCGCGCCGACUCCGCCGACCGUAGGACCAAACGCAAGCGUCUCUCGCGAACCGACUCCGACACAGACCUAGACUCCGAUGACGAUAUUAAAACGAAAAUCAACGUCCGACCGCUCGUUAAAACCGUCAGCGACCCCGCGAUCACCAUCGAAGAGGCCCCCGUUAAAAUCACUAAAAAGGUUAUAGCUAAAACUCUGAUAGAAAAGAUGGAAGAUAAGGACUUGUGUGUGAUCUGUAUCUCGGAGCCGAAGUCCGGCGUGUUCGUGCACGGCCGGAUCGCGCACAUCUGUUGCUGUUACAAGUGGCUGCCGCCUUGA